CGAGAGCUCUGCGUAAGAUGGCGGCGGCGGCGGCGGCGAAGAAAUCACGUGACGCCCGCUGAGGCACCGCUGGCAUGGAGACCGCGCAGAGAGCCGACGAAGGGGGAGAGCUCGAUGUGGAGGAACAAUUAGUCAUGGUGGAACUGUCAGGAAUAAUUGAUUCAGACUUUCUGGAAAAAUGUGAGAACAAAUGCAAGAUUUUGGGAAUAGACACAGAGAGACCCAUUUUGCAAGUAGACAGAUAUGUCUUUGCUGGGGAAUAUGAAGAUACUCUUGGUUCCUGCAUUGUGUUUGAAGAAAACAAAGAUCAUGUAGAUGCGGAAGGCAACCAAAAAUUACAGCUAAAAUAUAAAUGCCACACUAUGAAGAAGCUGAACAUGACAUGGACUCUCCUGACUGAGAAAAAAGAAGGAGAAGAGAACACAGGUGGUGGUGUAGAGUGGCUAGAGCUUAAGGACAAAGAUUUCUCAUACAGCAGACCAAACAUGAUUUGCAACUUUUUAUAUGAGAAAGAAGAGGAGACAGGUGAGUCCCAGGACAAACUGGCUGAAGAGUCUGAUGGAGAAGCCAGUGACAAAGGAACUAUUGACCAGGACUUUGAACCUGAGAUGCAGCCUAAUGUUGAAAUGGGUAACUCUGUCCUUCUGGACGCCACGGACUCCCAGGCGAUGGAUUCUUCUUCAGUGAACAGUCAGGAUAUUGUCAUAGAGGAUUCUUCACAUUGAUAUCAAGUCUGUAGCUCAAAGAUGAUGAUUAAUAGAUUUAACUAAUAUAGUAUACUGAUGUUUUAGAGGACUGUAUGACAGCCCUCCUCAAUGUCAUAUGUUCCCGAUGUGUUCGAUAAAAUUCCCAUCAUCCCCAGCUAGCAGAGCCCAGAAGGGAACUGUUAUUCAAUGGAAAAAGGAAUUUAUCUGAGUAAGUGCAAGCCCUUAGACCUGUCACCAAGGCUCUCUGGAUUGUGGCCCUUGUUUAGAACCAAUCUUACUACCUUAGAAUUGGAAAGGACAGAAGGCAAUACCUGAGGAAGAAGUAGUGUCCAUAACCCAUUCCUUAUUUUUCCUCACGUAUACAAGUAUUUUUUUAUUUUUGUACAGUUUUACUUUUACAACUCCUGUUUAAAAUAAAUGUUUACUGUUUUCAAGAAUGAUGCCCAAUCAAAAUCUUACCUGUUUUUACCUAUAUGGGCAAAGAUGUUGAACACCCAGACUGGGUUCACACAACUUGCUAACCCAUGAUGGUUUAUUUUCCAGAACAAUCCAUGAUAGGUUAACGUGUUGUCUGUGGGAUGUUCCCCCCGAAACAGUGGGUUAGUUCUCCUAAAUAAGCCACCCUGAGAACCCACAGUCUUCAGUAAGAGUUAUUUAACCUAUGAUGGGUUAGCAUGUUGGCUGUCGCAUAGCGUGGGUUAUGGACAUUGCCUACAGAGCUGCUUGGCGAAAUCUGAUUCAAGCUUGGCAUACUCAAAGCCCUACUUAAAAGCUCUCAGGGUCUCAAGUUUCAUCUGUUUAUCUUUAAAAAUAAGGGAGCUGUGGGCAUGGAGGGGGUAGGGUUGGAGCAGCAAAAGUACCAUAUGUUCACCAGCACCGCCCCUUGGUUUGAAAGGCGUGGAGGAGAACCACCCCACCCUCCCCUUUCAUCGGCAAGCUCUCCCUUACAGCACAUGCCCCCAACAAAGGAAAAAGCAAGAGGACAGCACUACACGGAGGCUUCAGGGUGGAUUAAAUUCACUUGGGGAAAAUAAUCCACGCUUUCCCCAUUCUAGGAAAAGACAGAAAAGGCUGGGGAAGAGGCAUGUGAGUACCAUGCUGCAAAACUGCACACCAGGCACGGCGAGAGUGCAUUAAAUCACUGGUGUGAUGGAGCCCUACUCUGAUUCAGCAUGCCAGUCUCUGAUGUGACUCAGCAGCAAUUGAAAACAAUAGAACAAUUUGUUAUAGUAAUGUAUGAUCGUACUAGCAUCAAAGAAGACGUAAACAGGAAAGAACUAUUUGCAAAAAAAGGAAGACACAUGGAAUGGAUCCCACCAACUUCAAGUGCUCUGUUAGAGCAUGUAAAAUGUGCCAUCUUUGAAGCAGGUCAUGUGUUGGGGGAACCUCUUUACAGCCAAUACCAUCAUACCCUGAUCCUAGCAACUGGGGAUGGGAGAAAGACGCUGAAUCUGGCCUCCUGCUUCAAAAUCCUGCCUCGAGUUGGUUUCUUGUGGCUGUAAAACAAAAUGUGACACUAAGAACAGAUGCAAAUGCAGUACUGCUGGACUACCUUGUACUGUGAUGUGUCAGUGUGAUGGAGAAUGUAGUCGAGACUAAAAAAAACCCACUAAAACCAAAAGUUUUAAGCUCUGUAAUUUUAAAAAACAAAAAAUGGUUAAAUGUAAUUUUUUAUGUGUGUUACAAGUUAAUUUAAUACAUUUGCUAUUCAGUUAACAGAUUUUUAUAAUUAUCUGAAACCCAGAUCCAGAAAGAAUAAAUGAGCCUCCUAUGGAAAUUUGGCAUUAUUUCUAUUAACUCUCUUCCCAA